GUCUGAGACAUUUAAUAGCACUUUGAUAAAAUGUAGAGAGAAGCCCCUUAUACCAAUGUUAGAGGAUAUUAGAGUCGCAACUAUGAAGAGAAUAGCGAAGAAGAGUAAGGGAGUUUGGACCUAUCAUUAUGAUGAAGCUAAACAUGAACAUUGUUGCUAGUCAAGAUUGAAAUGUAGAUUUUAACGGGGAUGAUGGUUAUGAGAUUAAGAAGGGUCGACAAUAGUUUAAGGUAAGCAUUCAAGCAAGGUCUUGUUCAUGCAGAAGAUGUGAUCUAUCUGGAAUCCCUUGUGCACAUGCCAUAUGUGCCAUAUUUGACAAAGGCCAAAAUCAUGAACACUUUGUAGAUUACUGCUACUCCAAAGAGAUGUAUGAGAAGACAUACUCUUAUACUUUGCAUCCAAUUAAUGGCCAACUAUUAUGGCCAAUAACCGAAAGUGAAGAGAUCCUAGCCCCGGUGUCAAAGAAAAUGACUGGCAGGCCCAAAAAGAAAAGAAAAAGGGAAAAAGCUGAAGCUCCACCAACCGGUUCACAAAUUUCAAGAAAAGGAAGAGUCAUGAGAUGCUCGAUUUGUAAGCAAGAGGGACAUAACAAAGCAUCGUGUACAAGUAAUACUACAACAACGAUUGACAUGAAUGAAGAGAGGGGCAGGUCAUCUACUUCAGGUAGGGGGAGGGGGAGGUCAUCUACUUCAGGUACUAAAAGGGGUUUUUGGAAUAUACACAAAUCCUGAAACGGGAAAUACCGUGGUUAAUGUAAAUUUGUUUAUAUCUAAAUAUUUGUAAGUGUAUGAUGUUCGUGUUGUAUAUAUGUAGUCGUACUGAUUGUAAUAUUCACAUUUGUCCAGCCUGUACAGCGGAGUGAAGUGCUUCUCUGAGUAUACAUGGAACUACAUGUUGAAGAGUAGUUUAAAAGAGGCCAUGGUGUGUCAUAUUAGGCUGAUAAGCUGCUGGAUGGAAGAACUAGUUUAUAGUUAGAAUGAGAUGCUGGUAGUUUAGUAGCAUUCAGUGUUCUAAAAGACGCUAGGCGCUAGUCAGGCGGUGACUGACCGCCUAGCGCCUAGCAAGCCCAGGCGGGCGCCUAGGCGCCAACUAGGGUGCCUAAGUAUUUUUCCAUCAGUUUUUGUUUUCUUUUUAUUUCCUUUGAAUUUUAAUUAUAUCACUAAUAAUUUUAUAAUAUUUUGAAAAUAGAAAUAGAUCAUAUAAUCAUUAUAUGUUAAGUUUUUUUAUAGUAGAAUCAUCAAU